CAGAAGGAGCCGGUUCUCCUGCAAUACAUUCAUGAGACAUUUAUUUAACAUUUCCGCAUUUCGAGUUGGUGCAGAAGAAACACUGAAGUGGCCUCUGCCCCGUUGCAGCUGCCCCUAACAACACGGCAUCAUGUCGCGGCUUCUCCUCAGAGCAGACGUACGGAGAUCCGUCGCCUCUCAGAUUAGAAUGGCGUCUGAUCAGCUUGGCGAGUUAGGCAAAGGCGCAGGCAAAGGUGGAGGCGGAGGAGGCGCUGUGAGGGCGGCAGGGGGUGCAUUUGGAAAACGAGAAGUGGCAGAGGAGGAGCGGUACUUCAGGCAGAAGGAGAAGGAGCAGACGGAGGCGCUGAGGAAGCAUCACAUGGAGGAGAUUGACCACCACAAAAAGGAGAUUGAGCGCCUACAAAAGGAGAUUGACCGUCACAUUGGGAAAAUCAGAAAGCUGAAGCAUGAUGACUAAAGCUGAUGUGAUUUCUUUUUCCGACCGUCUGAUUGCCAAUUUAAUCGUUAUGCAAUAAUGAUGUAUUCACUGCUUGUCAAGGCAGGUCCUGAGUGACACUGGCGUCAUAAAUACCAAUAAAGCCCUUAAUUUUUGACAUUU